AUGGUGACGGUCUUCUAUGGUUCUGACAUCUUUGUGCCCUUGGCCUCCAGCUAUUCUCAUGGAGUAUUUCUUCAGCUCUUCCUCCUUGUGGCAUUCCCGAGCUUGGAGAGCCUGCCUGGCAAACUGAAGAAGUGGGAACAAUGCUUCAAGGACCCUGACUAUGACGAACUGGUGGAUAUUGCCAAAAAUGGAUUGGAAAAAAGGUGUAAUUCAAAGAAGGUGGUGAUUGUUGGGGCAGGAAUCAGUGGACUCACAGCUGCCAAAUUGUUGAGAGAUGCUGGUUGCAAGGUUCUGAUUCUGGAAGCCAGUGGCCACUUGGGAGGACGCAUCGAGACCUAUCGAGAACGAGAUUGGUACAUGGAUCUGGGACCCAUGCGUUUGCCAAAACAUCACAGGAUUGUGCGUGAAUUUAUUAAACAAUUUAGACUUAAACUGAAUACAUUCUAUAAUAUUGAUGCGAAUGCCUGGUAUUUGGUUAACAAUGUCAGAGCAAGAUAUAAAGAUGUGGAAAAAAACCCUGAUAUCUUGCGGUACCCUGUGCAUCCCGCAGAGAAGGGAAAAUCUGCCACUCAACUUUAUGAGCAGACACUGGAUAAGGUGACAACAGACUGCAGUGCUCUGAAAGAGAAAUAUGAUUCCUUUUCCACCAAGGAGUAUUUGAUUAAAGAAGGAAAUUUAAGUAGAGGAGCCAUCGACAUGAUUGGUGACUUGCUGAAUGAAGAUGGUAGAUUUUACAUGUCAUUUCUUCACUCAGUCAUGGCUCAUGUUACCUUCUCCAACAACAGUUACGAUGAGAUAACGGGGGGAUUCGAUCAACUUUCUAAUGCUUUCUACCAGUAUAUUCGUGGGAGUAUUCAGUUUCACUCUCCAGUAGUGAAGAUACUAACCAAGGGUGACCAAGUGAGAGUGUUUUACCGUAGGGCAAACACAUCGGUACCCUUAUCUGUGACGGCCGACUAUGUCCUUGUAACAACCACUGCAAAAGCCGCACGGCUCAUUAAAUUUUCUCCACCUCUUUCUCCUCUCAAGACCCAUGCCCUGCGCUCCAUUCACUACUCAAAGGACGUUAAGAUUGCUUUGGCCUGUACUAAAAAGUUUUGGGAGAAGGAUGGAAUCCAUGGCGGGAGAUCAAUCACUGAUCGCCCAUCCAGAUUCGUCUACUACCCCAGCCACAAUUUCCCCAGUGGCCUGGGCGUGAUCCUGGCUUCCUACAUUUGGGGCGAUGAUGCUGAAUUAUUUAUUUCCCUUAGUGAUGAAAAGUGUGUUGAUGUGGUGCUGGAGGACCUGGCAGAAAUCCACCAGGUGCCCAAAGAUUAUAUCCGGAGUGUCUGCAAUAAAUAUGUGAUCAAGAAAUGGGGCCUAGACAGAUAUUCCAUGGGCUCAUAUGUUUCCUUCACCCAGUACCAAUAUGUCGACUACUCCAAGGCUCUGUUUCAGAAUGAAGGAAGAAUCCAUUUUUCAGGAGAACUCACAGCCCAGCCUCAUGCCUGGAUCGACACUGCUAUGAAAUCUGCUUUGAGAGCAGCCAGGAACAUCCAUGCUGUUAUUAACGCCUCACCGAGGCAGCAACAUGAGCUGAAGGAAAAUGAACUUUAA